AUGGCGAGCCCACCGCCUGUCCCGGAGGACCAAAACCGCCUCCUCGAGGAGGCAUUGGGCGUGGUGCGGCAGCAGUCGGCUAUGAUGCGCAAAUGCCUUGAGACCCCCGGAAAGCUCAUGGAUGCGCUCAAGUGUGGAUCAACUCUUGUCUCCGAAUUGCGAACCCCGAGUCUCGGUCCGAAGCAGUAUUAUGAGCUGUACAUGGCCGUUUUCGAUGCGCUGCGACACCUGUCCGUUUAUCUCAAAGAGAACCACCCUGUCAACCACCUGGCCGAUCUUUAUGAGCUGGUUCAAUAUGCCGGUAAUAUCGUACCUCGCUUGUAUCUGAUGAUCACCGUCGGUACCGUAUACAUGUCGGUCGAGGAUGCGCCGGUCAAGGAGAUUAUGAAGGACAUGAUGGAGAUGAGCCGUGGCGUCCAGCAUCCCAUUCGGGGGUUAUUUUUACGAUACUAUUUGUCUGGUCAGGCGAGAGAUUUCCUGCCUGAUGGAACUGGCGAGGGCCCCGAGGGCAACCUGCAGGACUCGAUCAAUUUCGUUUUGACCAAUUUCGUGGAGAUGAAUAAGCUCUGGGUCCGGCUACAGCAUCAGGGUCCGUCAAGAGAGCGGGAAAGACGGAUACAGGAAAGACGCGAAUUGGAGCUUCUGGUGGGCAGUAACAUUGUGCGCUUGAGCCAGCUGGUAGAUCUCGAGACAUACAAGUCCGGCAUUCUUCAGGCCCUUCUGGAGCAAGUGGUGCAGUGUCGCGAUGUCCUGGCCCAAGAAUAUCUUCUGGAAGUUAUCACGAAGGUUUUCCCUGAUGAAUUCCAUCUCCACACCCUGGACCUCCUGCUCUCCGCCAUCGCUCGGCUCAACCCACAUGUUGAUUUGAAGAAGAUUGUUAUUGGCCUGAUGGACCGGUUGUCAUCAUACGCCCAAAAGGAUACGGAGUCGCGCCUUGAGCCAGAAGCGCGGAAGCAGAAUGAGGAAGAAGCGGUUACUCGGUUAUUGCAGAAGCUCGAGCUUGACAAGGAGAAUAAAAAGCAAGAGCCCACUGUGGCUUCUGGCCCUGAUAGCACCGAAGAAAAUGGCACUGGUGAAACAAGCAAGCCCGAGGAGACGUCUGAGCCCGCAAAGGAGCCUGAACAAGCCGCCAAUGGGGAGGACGGGAAGGCCGCUCCUCCCGCAGAAGCCAAGCUGUACGACAUCUUCUACAAGCAGGUGGUUGAUCUGAUUAAAACGCGCGCGUUGCCGAUUCAAGAUGCCAUGGCUCUACUGGUGUCCCUAGUCAACCUCGCGUUGAACACCUACCCGGACCAACUGGAAUAUGUCGACCAAGUCCUCGACUUUGCAGCUCAAAAAACCGCCGAAUACACUGAUCACGCCGAUCUGCACUCGGCACCAACUCAGCAGCACAUUCUCCACCUUCUCAACGCUCCGCUCCAUUCUUACGUUUCUAUCUUCACGGCCUUGGCUUUACCGCACUAUCUGCCGCUUCUCACAUCGCAGUCGUAUCCCACUAGGAGGUCUGUUGCCGGAGAGAUUAUUCGAAGCAUGCUCAAGAACAAGACCAUUGUUUCCUCGACAGAGAACCUUGACCGUGUGUUGCAGACCGCAAAGGUACUAAUCAGAGAGGGCAUUCAACAGUCCGCAGGAUACCCUGGUGUGCAGGCACAACGACGGGGAGGAGAGACUGACGAGACCAUCGAGGAACAAGGAUGGCUUGCGCGACUGGUACAUUUGAUUCAGGCACCAGAUAAUGACACCCAACUUAAGCUCCUUCAGGCAACGCGCAAGGCUUAUAUGGAGGGUAACGAGCGCAUCCGUUAUACUACACCCGCCAUCAUCACAGCCUCGAUUCGGCUGGCGCGAAAGCUGAAGUCACGCGAGCAUUAUGACGAAAACUGGCAAUCGCAAUCAUCGGCUCUUUACCGUUUUAUGCACCAGUGCGUCAACAAUCUCUACCAGCGGGUGAACCCUGGCUGUGCGGAUUUGGCACUGCGACUCUUUGUCAUGUGUGGUGAGGUAGCCGACCAGACUGGGUUCGAAGAAGUCAGCUACGAGUUCUUUGCACAGGCCUUUACUAUCUAUGAAGAUGCGAUUAGCGACUCGCGUGCCCAGUUCCAGGCCGUCUGCGUUAUUGCGGGUGCCCUUCACGGUACCCGUGGCUUCUCCAAGGAGAACUACGACACCCUCAUUACCAAGGCUGCCCUGCACGGAAGCAAGCUUCUCAAGAAGCCUGAUCAGUGCCGUGCCGUGUACCUUGCAAGUCACCUUUGGUGGAUUGUCGAAAACCCCCAACGCGUGGACGAAGAUCCACAGAGCCUCUACCGGGACGGGAAACGAGUCCUUGAAUGUCUCCAGCGCGCUCUGCGUGUCGCGGACGCCUGCAUGGACACUGCUGUGUCAGUCGAACUCUUUGUCGAGAUCCUCAACCGCUACGUCUACUACUUCGACCAGCAGAACGAGACGGUUACUACCAAGUAUCUCAACGGUCUCAUCGAGCUCAUCCAUUCCAACCUGCAAACCAGCGAGGACGAGCCUAACCCCAGUCUCGAUGGCCCGAAGCGCCACUUCGAGCGUACCCUGGAGUACAUCCGCUCUCGAGAGUACGAGGGUGUCGUGACUGAGCGACAGUAG